AUGGCACCGACCUACUCUGACAAUUCUUACCCUCCCUCCGAGGACGACCAAUCGAACGAUGAUGAUGACCAGUGGGCCAAUGCGUAUAGCGACGAUGACCUCGACAGCGAUUUUGACAGCAUGGCCUCUGACGAUGAUGGGACCGACGACAUGACCGGCCUAGGAAAUGCCGACGCCUCGUUCUCCGCUGCCGGCUCGGACGUCGACACGCUUAGCGGCAGCUUUGCACGAAUGAAUGUUGCCCCCGCACCCACAGGCAAUAGAGCAUCUGCUGCGCAACAGAACCGUGCCGGAGGACCGUCGAUGUGUCCGGUCUGCGGGGUUCGUCCCACCUACAGCCGCAAUGGGAAGAACUAUCCGACUUGUGGUUUCACUUGUGAUGCCAAGUAUAAGGCAAUGGGUAGUGCUGGAAGCGGUACCUCCAGCGGAGGAACUUCCUCCCGCGGAGUAGGAACUACUUCAAGCACCACCAAGACCCUCUGCGUGGUAUGCGGAAAGCGCCCUGCGUACACCCAAGGUGGAAAGAGUUACCCCACCUGCGGUAUGACCUGCGGAGGAAAAUACAAGACGGGAAAUUUCACAGCUCUUUGUGUGAUCUGUGGGGUAAAACCUGCAUUUAGUCGCAAUGGAAAGAGAUACCCCACAUGUGGCCUAACCUGCGCUGCGAAAUACAGGAUCACGACAGGUAACGGCGGCGGUCGCCAGACAGGCGGUGGAGGGUCUAGUAAACUCUGCGUCAUUUGCAAAAAACGCCCAUGCUUCCGCCGUGGCUCCGUCGACUACCUUACGUGCGGCAUGACAUGCCUCACAACCCUCUGCAACGGGGGUGGAGAUAACACAAAGUGCAAUUAUUGCCACCGCCGCCCAAAGCUCAGCCCGCACAACCAGUGCGGACGGAAGUGCCGCGACCAAUCGCGCAUUGCGUGUCUUCAUUGUCGCUGCCGCCCGAAGCUGGGCAAGUAUCACUUCUGCGGGCGGACAUGUAAGAAGCUUGCGAUGAAGACGACGCCAAAGAUUGUGGAGAUCCCGAAAGAACACGUCACCUGGAAAAUGGUGGAGACGAAAUUCAACAAGGCCUGGAAGCAGGGCACGCGCCCGGCGAUCAAGCAUGUAUACAAAAUUAUCGAGAGCGCAGGGUUCCUCCAGCCCUACGAUGCCUACCGGAAACGGAUCGGCAACGAGAAGUUCCGUUACCAUGGCACGUCGCGUCAAUGCAAACUGGGCGAUACGGGACAGACGAUGUUGUGCAGCCAGACAAACUGCGCAGUAUGCAAUAUCCUGAAGACCUCGUUCAAAGUGAGCCUGGCAAAGCCGAGUGGCGCCUUCGGAGCUGGUGUAUACUCGUCGUCCGCGUCGAAUAAGUCAAUGAGCUACUCAAACGGCGUCGUGCUCCUGACGAAGGUCAUCCUCGGACGCAUAUACAGCGCCUCGCGCUUCAACGAGGUUAUGUCCCUUCCCGCGGGGUACAACUCCGUCGUCUUCGACAGAAUGAACGGGACGUUGAACGAGACGAUUGUUUACAGCGACGAUGCGAUCCGACCAGUGUUUUUAAUUGUGUUUUGA